AUGACAACUGAUGGGCCAAUCUACCACUUCGCAUUUUACUGUUCCGGGCACGGAUUUGGACACGCCACACGGGUCACCGCGAUCACCGCCGGGCUACUAUCACGGAGGCACCGAGUGUCGAUCGUUUCAAGUGCCCCGGAAUCUGUCUUCGAGGCCGUCUUGAACGAACCUUCCGUGCAAGCCAGUUAUCGAUUCGCCAUCUUCGAACCCAGCGUCAUCCAGCCCAAAGCUUACGAUGUCGACCGCCUCGCAACCUUUAACAACUUGCACUCCUUCUUGACUCAUAAGAGACGAUCGGUCCUCGAACAAGAACGCAAAUGGAUCCUCGACCAACGGGUCGAUUGCGUGCUUAUCGAUGCCCCUUUUCUGCCUUGUGCUGCAGCAAGUAAAGCGAACAUACCGUCGGUGAUCAUCAGCAACUUCACCUUCGAUUCGUGUUAUUCCUAUCUCUCGGCGUUCAACAAGGACGAAGGCGGAGAGCAGGGGGUUGAAACUGAGCAAUUGAACGAGCUCGUGGCCAUCACGGUCAACGACUAUGCCCAAGCCGAUCUGCUUCUGCGCCUACCUGGGGCAAUCCCGAUCCCCGGGUUCGAUGAGGACAUCGAGCUACCCGCGACCAAUUGGGUUGACGGCCGAGCGGGCUCCUUCACGGCUGAGAUUGAUUGCAAACUGGCGCGCGCAGAAGAGUCGAUGCCGAGGAAGAAGCGGGUGAUCGACAUGCCGCUGAUCGUCCGACAACUGACCAAAUCGGCCCAUGACCCGCAGACCAAGCUGGCCCUGCUGGCUGGUCUGGGCGUGCCCGCCGACCUUCUCAAGGCAGACAUCAAGAUCUUGCUCGUCUCCUUCGGCGGCCAGGUCAUCCCCUCUCCGCGCCCCCCGACUUCCACCGACCCUGGCAGCGAUGACCAUCCAGAACCCACUUCACAGAACCAGCCUCGCAACGCGCUCCUCCCGCCCGGCUGGAUAGCUAUCGUCUGUGGCUUGCCUUCCAAGUCUCGUCCGAAUGACAUGCCCGAUCGCUUCUUCUCAAUCACCGACUCGAAAUUUAACUAUGUCCCCGAUCUCACCGCGAUUGCUGAUGUUGUUUUAGGGAAACUGGGAUACGGGACUUGCAGUGAAGUCAUCGCCACCAGGACGCCGUUUAUCAGUGUCCCGAGGAAAAUGUUUGUAGAAGAGUACGGAUUGAAGCGUUUGAUGAAAGAGACAUCAACGAUCAACGUAGAGAUGAGUAUCAAAGAGUUCGAAGACGGACGAUGGGCUUCGUAUAUUGAUCUAGCCGACCGACUGAGACAACAACAAAAUCAGAUCGGUUUGUCCUCCUCAAGCCAUCAUCAACCGCAUUCUAGUAACAAGAAUCAGAACGUCCAUGCUGUGGAUAUUGUCGUCGACCAUCUCGAAGUCUUCAUGUUCGAGAAAAAGACCAUCAAACCAUCUUCAUAA